AUGUUAAGGGUUUGUGUGAUUGACUUCAGUGGCAGUUGGGAGGAAUGCUUAACGUUAGCUGAGUUUGCAUACAACAAUAGUUUUCAGUCGAGAUUUAGAUGGCUCCUUUUGAAGCACUGUAUUUUUGCAGAUGUUGUACACCUCUGUGUUGGACUGAUUUGGGGGGAAAAUAAAGUAUUGGGUCCAAGUUUGGUGCAAGAAAUUGGGAAUAUGGUGAAAUUGAUUCAAGAUCGAUUGAGAGCAGCAUUUGAUCGACAGAAAUCUUACGUCGACUUAAGGCGAAGGGAUAUUGAGUUUAAUGUUGGGUAUCAAGUUUUCCUUAAGGUUUCACCAUGGAAGAAAGUACAGAGGUUUGGGUGCAAGGGCAAGCUGAGCUCGAGAUUCAUUGGACCUUAUAGAGUUCUUAAUAGGGUUGGACUAGUGACUUACCAGUUAGAGUUAACUUCGAAGUUGGACCAUAUUCAUGGCGAGUUCAAUAUUUCUAUGUUGAGGAGUUACCGUUCUGAUCUAUCUCAUGUGAUUCCAGUCGAUGAGGUCGAGGUGAAACCUGGUUUGUCAUAUGAGGAAGAAUUAGUUCAAAUUUUGGACCGCGGGGUCAAGACAUUGAGGAAAAACCAAAUUCCUGUAGUAAACGUCUUAUGGCAAAACCAUGGUGUUAAUGAAGCCUCUUAG